AUGACCGAACAGCACGACGUGCAAGCUGAGGGUAAGAAGGAGCCAGUUCAUCGCUUCACGACCCCGCAGGAUGUGGACCUUCUCAAGGAGUCUCAGCGCUACGGUCUGCAGAAAGCGUUGCGACGACCUACUGGUAGCCUUCCAGAAGGCCACCUUGGCAUCAUUGCGCGCAUCACGGACGAGGAAUAUGAUGAGCGAUAA